AUGCGCAAUCAAGCAAUCCGAACAGCAGAGUAUUUUUACAAUGUAAAUGUUGUUUUAAGCGACUUGGUAUUUGCUGUCAUGGUGCUGCUGGUCACAAUUAUUUCUCUAGCCAAUGGUAUCCCUGCCGUAACUAAUUACAUUGGCUGUCAAGCCGUCGGAUACGUGCUACAAUCUAUGGGAGCCUCGAGUGUUUUGACUAUUGCCUUGAUUACAUUAAACCAUUAUCGGGUCAUUGUUCUUGAAAAGCCUAGACUUACAUACCAUGAUGUGGCAGUCCAUCUUGGGGGGCUUUGGCUAAUUUGUCUAACCACUUCCACUAUACAGUUUGUUUUUGGGGAAAAAUUCAUUCCGCGGCCUGCACAUCUCCAUUGCCAUUACGAUUACGCAUCUAAAGAUCUCCUGAUUCGGAUUCUGACAGGCCAGUUGAUUGUGCAUCUUGUUGGGUUACCCAUUGUUGUUUGUCUGGCUUACUGGGCCAUCUAUAGAAAAGUGGCCGAGGUGGAGCAACUCGCUGUAAAAGGGAAAUCGCACUAUGUGACUACAGAAGUCGCAUCAGAGCUUCAAUCAAAAGAUCAUAAGCAAACCAUUGAAUUGGCACCCAUGCAAAACAGCUAUACUAUUUCUAGGGAUGUAAAAGGCAGCAACAGGAUUGCCGAAUCCAACGAUGGAACCGCCACAUUUAAACUAACCGUUCCCGACACCAACUCUGAAAAUUUCCCAACGGCCAGCGCCGCGAGUACUAGUGCUAGCACUCCAAUCCGUCCUCAUAUUCCUAGCUCGCCCGUUGGUCUAAAUGAGGCUUUAAGUAAUGUUGCCAAAAGAGGCUUGAUGAUUUCAAUGUCUUUUUCCAUUUGUUGGCUCCCUACGUUGGUUGUCUGCAUAUUGGAAAUCUUCACUGGCCAAACUAUUCCCUGGCGGGUUGAUGCCUUGGUCACAAUGAUUGCAGCAUUUAAUACACUGAGUAACCCUAUUGUGUUCUUUUACGUCGAUCGUCGUCUGUGGAAAUCCCUACAGGAAAUGGUGAAACCUCUUCAUAACUACCACUUGUAA